AUGGUUUCUACCCACAGCAGAGCAGGAGUUAACAAGCAAGUCGAAGCUGGCCCCUCAUGCCCCGCUAACAUCACUUCGGAUCUGGUCACCAUCCUAGACGGUCAAGCCAAGAUGCAACAAGAGCUGGCUGACUUGAAGAAGCAUAGUGCUGAUGAGAUGGAAGCACUGCGACAGGAAAAUUCUCGCAUAAGGCGAAAGAUCGAAGCCGAUCCCACUCAAAAGGGAAAGGCCAAGGAAACAUCUGAAGCCGCAGGGUCCCCGGCUUUCCAGCCUACUGAAGAGGAAAGCGAGCACAAUCCUACCCCGCACACCUUCACCACCACCCAACAAACUCCCAUCCUCUCAGCCCAUCCUACUCACUUCCACCCCACCCUCCUGGGACAUACUGCGGCUCCCACUCUCACCGCCACCCUCCCCACCACUCAUGUCCCACCCUACAACAUGCCCACCACCCUACAUACCACUCAUAUCCCACCCUACAACCCUCACAACCUCCCUACUACCCACAUCCCUCCUCACAACUUUACCUCCACUUUUCCCACCCUCGUCCACCAUCCCAUACCUCCUUACCCGCUCCCAUCCCACCAACCCAGACGUCGUCACCCUUUCACCGACUUCAUCGCCAACACCCCCCUUCCCACCCAGUGGGGACGCUUUACACUGGAGCGUUACAUUGGUAAAACUGACCCCGAUGAACACCUUAAAGUCUACAUCACCCACGUCGCCCUCUACACUUCCCAUGACCCAGUCUUUUGCAAAGCCUUUCCUACCACCCUCAAAGGCCCCGUCCUUGAAUGGUUCACCACCCUCCCACCAUACUCUAUCGACAACUUCGACACCCUCUCACACAUGUUUACCACUUACUUCACUGGCAGCCGCCCACAUCAAACUACUACAAUAUCACUCCUCAGCGUCAGGCAAGAACAAGGUGAGACGUUCCGGGCAUUUAUUGAUCGAUUCACCAAGGUUGCCCUUCGCACCCCACACCUUAAUCAAGAGAUGAUACUCCAGUGCAUGGCCCUCACCCUUCAACCCGGCCCCUUCGCCAAUAACGUCUACCUCCACCCACCUACCUCUAUGCAUGACUUGAAGCUACGGGUUGUCGAUUAUGUCUGUAUGGAGGAAAUGCAAACCCUCCAUACAAAAUUUUGCAAUGAUUACGCACCCUCUACCGCCAACCCCACACCACAACCUCCCCGUCCUGAUCCGAGACCAAGAGAACCACGACAGCCCCGCUUCACCAGAUAUGCUCCUCUAAAUGUUCCCAAAUCCCGCAUCCUUGAUGAGGCUUUACAGGCCGACCUCAUCCCACCACUACGUAAGAUGACCACUCCCCCCAACGCAGACAUGACUAAAUAUUGCCGCUAUCACCGAAACCAUGGCCAUACUACAAAGGACUGUAAAGCACUCCAGGAUAAAAUUGAAGAACUGGUGCGUGCUGGCCACGUUCGCCGAUUCGUCCAUAGAGAAGACCACUCAUCUCGAUCCCAUCCUCCUCCUCAUCCCGACCACCGACGCCCUCUCCGCGACUCUCACCACGAUAAACGCCCAAACCAACAUGCAAACCAUAACCCCCAAUCGGCUCGCACCGACAUCACCCCUACCGACUCUCCCCUACGCGGCACUAUCAACACCAUCUCCGGUGGUUUCGCUAGUGAAGGCUCUACCUCAUCCGCUAGAAAGAGAUACCUCCGCCAUAUCCAAUCAAUUAACCACAUCACCCAUUCUCAUCACAGACACCGCAUGCCUCCCAUAACCUUCACGGAUGACGAUUUUCACGGCCUCGAUCACCAGCAAGAUGACCCUAUGGUCAUCACCGUCGAAAUAGAAAAUUACGCAGUAAAAAAAGUCCUCCUUGACCAAGGCAGUUCCGUUGACAUCCUUUAUUGGGCAACAUACCAGAAACUUCAACUCCCAGACACCGCCAUGGUCCCAUACGAUGAACCGAUUUAUGGCUUUUCUGGGGAAAAGGUUUCCACCCGCGGCUACAUUGACUUCCAUACCGUCUUUCGUGACGGAGCCCAAACCAAGACCGUUCCUAUCCGCUUCCUCAUCGCUGACACACCUACAUCUUAUAAUGUCCUUCUCGGCCGCCCUUCACUCAACACCUUUUGCACUGUUGUCUCCACACCUCAUCUGGCCAUGAAGUUUCCCUCCCCAUCAAGCGACAUCCUCACCAUCCAUGGCGACCAAUGCCUUGCAUGCGAAUGCUACAUGGCCAGCCUACGCCCACAGCUCCCCAUCCUGCAAACUAAUCACAUAGAGCGACCACCCGGCUUUGAGAUCACUUUGUCUGGUGACGAUCUAGACCCUAGAGUGGGCCAGGAUGUCCGCCUUGAACCUGUUGAAGAAACCACCCCCCUGAAGCUCCCUAAUGGCCGCACCAUCAAACUCGGUACUGGGCUCGAAUCUGAACAACGUGACAUUAUAACACCCACCAUUGUCGACAACUCGGACCUCUUCGUUUGGUCAGCUGCUGACUUACCUGGAGUUGAUCCUCAAGUGGCAUCCCACAAGUUAUCCAUUUACAAGGAGGCCCGGUAUAUCUCCCAGAAAAAUGCAAACUUUGCGAGGAGUGACGCCUAG